UGUGGCAGUAUAUGAGCGAGGUAAGGAGGGCUCAGCGCACAGUGUCUCGUCACCCUCGCUGCCUCGCUUGCUCUAUCUACCGCACACCUGGCCACCUUCCCUCACAACUGGGGAGGGCAGAAGUGCGCGGCUCAGACACCUUCGGCUGCGACUGCGAAUCACAUUCAGAGAACUGUGGGUUUGGAUGCCUCCGCGCGCCUGGCCCUCCUGCUCAGCGCCGCAGGCAAGAGCCACGCUCAGAGGCCACUACAGCUUCUGCAGCCGCCUAGGAAUGCACGGCUGAAAAUUCGCUCAAGAGCGGAGACUAUGACCAAAGACACUCGCGAUCUUCUUCUCAGGACGAGAAAGCUCAAGUUGAUCCUGUGGUGAGGCGCGCCAGAGCCUUCCGGCCGCGUCGAAAGCUCGGCCUCACGCGGGUCUCUUGGCGAGGCCCACAACGACGCUCCAUCCAAGCGGUGCCCUCUGAGCUGCUCGCGGCUCUGCACUUCGUCUGAGACAUUAUCAAAGGACGAAAUCGUGGCCACCGUGCGUAGUGUCACAGCGUUAAAAACUAGUGAAGUGAUAAAAAACAGCGGACAAAGUCGACAUCUUAUAAUAUAAAACUGAACGCAUAUAAAUCUGUAUAUCAUAUACCGUGAUCAAUAUUCAAGCGUCGCUACUGCUGCAUUUUCAUAGCGCUCGCAACUCCAAUUUUAUUCCAUUCUUCGAGCGCCAUACUACCUGUCUUCAAGAACUGCCUUCCGGCCGGAUCAUCGCCGCCCUCGCCGCCAGCACUUCCGUCCACGCCAGGAUCCUCGGCCCUCCCCGGCCCAGCCACGCCUCAGCCACCCGCGUCCUGCGUCGUCGGCCUCGGUGGCGGCCAACUCAACCACCCCGAUCGCCUUCGAACUCACCAUGAACACCUUCUCGCUCACGCUGCUCUGCAUACUCUUUUUUGUGCUCUGCCUUCCGUACCAGAGCGACGCCACUGGGUCUUCAGGGAAGUACACGUACUCGACGGCGGGCCUCUGGGGCCACAAGGUGCUGGCGUCGCCCGUGUGGGGCCACCCGCCCAAGAUCUACCGCCACCGCCAGCCCACGCACACCGAGGAAGGAGUCCUCAAGAAGAGCCGCAGGUUGAACCACGGGGCGGCGCGCGUGGUGCAGGCCUCCCACUAUGAGCUGGAGUACAUCCUCGGCCGCAAGAUCAUCUUCAUCUGCAUGGCCCGAGGCAACCCGCGCCCUCGCAUCACCUGGUACAAGGACGGGGUCGAACUCUACGCCCACAACUACUUCCAGGUGCAUGAGUGGGAGAUCGGCAACAACAAGCUGAAGAGCAAGAUGGAGAUCGACCCCGCUACGCCCAUGGACGUGGGCUACUAUGAGUGCCAGGCCAACAACAAGCACGCCGUCGACCACCGUGGCUUCCGCACGCAGUACACCGCUGGACUCUAAGAUCGCGCGCCCGUCUGCGUCACUCGCUGUCCGCGUGGCCUCGUUUGUCCUUUUUUUGUUCAUUAGGUAGUCACGUAGGGAUCCAUCUUCCGCCACCUAGACGGAACGUUUGGCCGCGCUGUAACAAACGUUCGGGCUAGCAUCAACUCCAAGCUCUAGCGAAGCUUCUCUCAACCUUGCGAAUGAUAACAGCGUAAGUAGGCCAUUAGGGAUGAGAUUUGCUGAUAGUCUCUGGUAAGGUUCGAGGGAGUAUUGAAUUACCCAACAGGCGAUCCUUUACCAAAACGCCUCCUGUCACGGCACCGGGCGUUACCACACGUGCACGGCAGAGCCGACUCCCAUCCACAAAACACAAAACUAUUAGAGAGAGAUAGGCGUCGAUUCUGAGGGAUCGUGGUAACAGCUGCGUAUAUAGCAGUCUCGCCUCUAGGCCAGGUGAGGCUCCAGUCUCUUUCCCUGCCCCCCCCCCUCACCUGCCACUUCCCUUCCGCAUAAAAAUGUCCCCCAAACUCAUUCAACAAAGUUUUUCAGCGGGAGGCGGAACACAAGUGCUGCCGGUUAAGGCAACGCGACACUACCGCCUUUGCCUCCGAGUGUCAAAAGUUCCGUUUUCCUCCGACAGCCUCCAUCAAUCCGCGGUUCCCGAGAAUCAUAUCACGAUAGGAAUUUCGUUUCAAUUAGGAGCGCAGAAGAGGGGAGCGCCGCACAAGGCACGCACGUCGCCCGAUUCCUCCCUCCCCCGCCUUCCCGACCGCGGGCAAGGGGCAACGAGCGCUCGCCUCGCCUCGCCUCAUUACUCGCGGCGGCCGAUUCUACCCAUGAUCCCUCUCGCAUGAAGCAACAGUAUAUUUUAUCUUGUAUACACGAUCGCUGUGUUGUACCACGGCAUUACCGCAGUAAUCACUAUCAUAACACUACCAUGUAUUUUUUCCUAUAUGAAAUAAAUAUAUCAAUAUAAA